GUAAUUAGCAGCCAAGCGAUCUCCACCAACACUUGCGAAAGACGCCAUGUACUUUUGUCCAAGCUGUGCGAACCUCUUGUUGAUAGCGCAAGGAGAAGCUGGCACAAACCAGUUUGUUUGCCAAACUUGCCCUUACGUUUGUAGAAUCAACAAGCAAAUUACACAGAAGACACAUUUCAAACGUAAACAGGUGGACGACGUAUUAGGCGGAGCAGCCGCUUGGGAAAACGUUGAUUCUACAGAAGCUCGAUGUCCCAGGUGUGAACACGGCCGAGCAUACUUUAUGCAGCUGCAGAUUAGAUCAGCAGAUGAACCCAUGUCGAUCUUUUUCAAGUGCUGUAAAUGUGCUGAGCAGUGGAGAGAAGGAUGAUCAUUUCUCCUAUGUGACAUAUUGCCAUGACGCGGCACUGAAAGUUUGCCUUGGAAAGAAACGGCUAUUCGCAUCUCGUUCCGAGCCGUAGAAUUGCCAUCACACAGAUGGAAAUCCCUAUACAUCAUGUAAAAUAAUCCCUCCAUUAUAUUCGUACAUAAUAUUAACUUAUAAGCUGGUAAUGAUGCAAAG